AAGAGAUUGAUGUCCCAUUUGUCAACAAACGCGAGCUCGACAGUGUCUAGCAGUCUAUUGCACUGCGAGAGAUCGAAGCUUUAGUUACAUCACGAACUUGUGUUUUGAUAUACACGUGCGUGGUUUCAUCUCAGAACAUUAAUAUAUAGAGGUCAGAGAAGAAAGUUCUGCAUCUCAAGAAAACUAUAAUGGUUAUAGCAAUAGGUUUUGAAGGGAGUGCCAACAAGCUUGGCAUUGGUAUUAUCAAAGAUGGGGAGGUUCUUUCCAAUCCUCGACAUACCUAUAUUACACCUCCUGGGCAAGGUUUUCUACCAAAAGACACAGCUCGCCACCAUCGAACUUAUGCCCUACAGGUUCUUAAACAGGCAUUACAUGAAGCCAAUAUCAAACCAGAGGACAUUGAUGUUAUUUGUUAUACUAAAGGUCCUGGUAUGGGUGCUCCACUUGUUUCAACUGCCCUUGUUGCACGCACUGUGGCUCAGUUAUGGAAAAAACCCAUUGUCGCAGUGAAUCACUGCAUAGGCCACAUUGAAAUGGGACGCCUAAUCACUGGAGCAAAGAAUCCAACUGUCCUGUAUGUGAGCGGAGGAAACACGCAGGUCAUUGCAUACUCACAGCAACGCUAUAGAAUAUUUGGUGAGACCAUAGACAUUGCUGUUGGAAACUGCUUAGACAGGUUUGCCAGAGUCUUGAAGCUAUCUAAUGAUCCUAGUCCAGGACAUAAUAUUGAACAGAUGGCUAAGAAGGGGACUAAAUUUUUGGAGCUACCUUAUGUUGUCAAAGGCAUGGAUGUGUCUUUCUCUGGACUUCUAUCAUUUAUUGAGGAGAAAGCUCCAGAGCUAAUUGCCAAGAGGGAAUACACUCCAGAGGACCUAUGUUUUUCGUUACAGGAGACUGUUUUUGCGAUGCUAAUAGAAAUCACAGAGAGAGCAAUGGCACAUUGUGGUUCUGAGGAAGUGCUGAUUGUUGGUGGAGUUGGCUGCAACAAGCGACUUCAAGAGAUGAUGGAGAUAAUGGCAAAAGAACGUGGAGCUACGCUGUUUGCCACAGAUGAAAGAUUCUGCAUUGACAAUGGUGCUAUGAUUGCACAGGCAGGUUGGGAAAUGUUUCGAACAGGUAUAACAACAAAACUAGAAGACACCACUUGCACACAAAGGUAUCGAACAGAUGAAGUGGAAGUUACAUGGAGAAAGUGAUGUCUUUGUUGUGUGUUUUUUCCUUCCAGGUGUUAUGCAGUUAAUAAAUGGUUAUCUUUAAAAAUUC